AGUAGGGGUUUGCUCAAUUUCAAGAAAAGAAUAGGAAGUUGCAGCUUUUGUUCUUGUUUUUGUGUUAGUAGUGGUUAUUCUUGGGUGCUAAAGUCAUUAUGUCCAUUGUCCAAUACCAAACGUGCUUAUAAGCUGCAGGAAUUCGUAGCUCAUUCUACGAGUGUAAAUUGCCUCAAGAUUGGGAGGAAGACAUCGAGAAUUCUUCUAACUGGGGGAGAAGAUUACAAGGUCAAUCUUUGGGCAAUUGGCAAACCAAAUCCGACUGCUAGCCUCUCAGGUCAUUCUAGCGGUAUUGAUUCUGUUUGCUUUGACUCCUCUGAAGUGUUUGUAGCUGCGGGAGCAGCAAGCGGUACAAUUAAGCUCUGGAAUUUAGAGGAGGCAAAGAUUGUUCGCACCCUUCCUGGUCACAGAUCAAACUGUAUAUCCUUGGACUUUCAUCCCUUCGGUGAAAUUUUUGCUUCUGGUUCGUCGGACACAAAUUUGAAGAUAUGGGACAUUAGACUAAAAGGGGGUUGUAUUCACACCUACAAGGGCCACACCAGAGGGGUAAAUGCAAUCAGAUUUACGCCAGAUGGCCGUUGGGUCGUAUCCGGUGGAGAGGACAACACUGUCAAGCUGUGGGAUCUCACUGCAGGAAAGCUUUUACAUGAAUUCAAGAGUCACGAAGGCCAGAUCCAGUGCAUAGACUUUCAUCCUAAUGAGUACUUACUAGCAACAGGUUCAGCUGACAAAACAGUUAAAUUUUGGGAUCUUGAAACCUUUGAAUUUAUAGGAUCGGCUGGUCCAGAGGCAACUGGAGUACAAUGUAUGACCUUCAAUCCUGAUGGAAAAAACCUUCUUUGUGGAUUGCAUGAAAGCUUGAAGGUUUUUUCAUGGGAACCCAUCAGAUGUCAUGACACUGUGGAUGUUGGAUGGUCCAGAUUAUCUGAUAUUAAUGUUCACGAGGGGAAGCUACUUGGAUGUUCUUACAAUCAUAGUUGUGUUGGAGUAUGGGUUGUAGACAUAUCGACAGAAAACACUGCAAAGACCAGUACGGCCAGGCAACAAAACUCCAAUCUAAUCAACAAGGAGUCGAAAUCUUUUCCAUCCAGGAGUACUACACCUAAUACACCUCAAAGGGUAAUUAAGGAUAUUGGGAUAAAGACAAGUACAGUUUGUUCACCUGGGAUUUCUGCUGUAACAGCAUCAAGUGUUGUUUCAAAGACAGCUACAGUUAGUUCAUUGAGCAUUCCUGUUACAACAGCUCCAGAGAGGAAUUUGCCAAAGAUUCAUGCAACACCCAAUACUUCAUUUGUUAACAAGUCAGAUGUUGCAUCAGUAAUGGUUCCUAAAAACGAUUCUAGAGUGGAACAAAUCGCUGAAUUACGGCAAGAAGGAGUUUCCGCAAAACUGACAGCCCUAGCCUUGCAGUCGAGAUCUUCAGAUUUUCGGAAAUAUUCAAGUACUACAGAUGAUUUGGGAAGGGCCAGCGUUUCAGGACAGUCUGAAACUGAAGUGUUCCAUACUAAUGGGCUUAGUGGUUCUAGUAGUAGUACUUCUCCUGCUGUUCAGACCUCAUCGAUUAGAACUUAUGCAGUUGAGAGAAAUGUGAAAGAUAUUAGAUCUACUGUACCUGCUAAAUUUCAGAUGAAACCAGCACCAGAGCCACCUAGCAGCCACCGACAUGAUGAUGUGACUCGAGCACAUAGAAAAGAUCAAGAUACUUCUGCUAUGGAAAGUCAACGAGCGGCAACAACGCGUUCUCUUCCUACAAACUGGGAGAAGAAAGAUCGAUCUCCAGGUCACAAGGGCUUUGCUUCCAGCAAUCUCUCUGGUGCUGUCUCUUCUGUCAACACACUACCUAAUGUGGAAAUGGAGCCUGUAAAUGAGGAAGAUACUAUUUCAGCUUUGACGGAACAACAUAAAAAAUUUGUUGGUUCAUUGCAGUCACGUCUAGCAAAAUUGGAGAUGGUUCAAAAAUACUGGGAAAGAAAUGAUAUUAAAGGGGCCAUUGGUAUGACAGAGAAGAUGUCUGAUAAUGCUGUCCUUGCUGAUAUUGUUAGCAUAUUGGCAGAAAAACCUGACAUUGUUACACUGGAUAUAUGCACUUGUGUCUUGCCACUCCUGACAAGCCUUCUUGAAAGUGAAAUCGAUCAGCAUCGGGGUGUUUCGCUGGUAAUGCUGCUUAAGCUGGUGAAGGUGUUUGGUUCAUUAAUCUAUUCUUCUUUAUCCGCGUCAUCAUCCGUUGGUGUUAAUAUUGAGGCAGAACAAAGGCUUGAACGUUGCAAUCUCUGCUAUGUCGAACUUGAAAAGGUUAAGCACUGUCUACCUGUUCUCACCAGAAGAGGGGGCACCAUGGCCAAGUCUGCACAUGAACUGAGUCUUGCGCUCCAAGAAGUAUCAUAAGUUAAAUACUGACUGAUAUCAGACUACAUAAGGUGUGAUUUAUUCGGACCUGAAUUCCAGUUUACUGAGAGCAUUUGUCUUCUCCGGAUGUAUUCCUGUCUUCUGUAAAUUUAUUGUAAGCUGAAAGCUUAGCCUGAAGCAUUCACUACCU